AUGUCCGACGACGAGGGUAUUUCUAUCUACGAUGAAGUCGAGAUCGAGGAUAUGACUUUUGACGAGGCUAUGGGAGUUUACCAGUUCCCAUGUCCUUGUGGCGACAAGUUCCAAAUUACACUCGAGGAUUUGCUGGACGAGCAGGAUAUUGCCGCCCGGCACGACAGUCGCCUUUCCGCCGUGAGCACGACACCCUCUGAGGAGCUUGAGACUUCUGUCCAACUCGGUACCGGUAAAUCGGCCACAAACUUCCGGAAUCCUUGA